AUCCCAGCGAUGCCCAGUCCAGCAAACAGUGAUGUCACACUGUUUGGGUUGGGAUCAUUCCUGAACCGUGAAACAGUUAAGAAAUAUCCUGCCCCACUGGCUGCCAGGCUCAUAAAGGUGGACCCACGUGUACUUCCUUCUUGUUCCAAGACGCACCAGCUCAUGCAUUUGCUCACACCCAGAGGGAGAGACAGCACAGGACUGCCACCUCCCAUGCAAAUCACCCCCAGGAGCGCAGCCGGGCUCCUCCCGCUGCUCCUGGGCAAUGCUCCUGGGCAGACCUUGUACAAGAUGCCAUCUCGGGCGCUGUUUAUUUUUACUCAUUGUGGCUCUUUUAAUGGACGCUGUGGGGCUGGUCCUUUUGCUGGUAGGGAUCUUUGUCACGCUAAACUACUGGGACUUCUUGAUCUACACAGGGGCUCUGAUCCUGGCUCUGAGCCUGCUGUUCUGGCUUGCCUGGUAUUCCUUAAAUAUCGAGGUACCUCUUGAGAAGUUGGACUUUUAGUGUGGCCAUGGACGAGAGGGAUGCAGAUGGCAUAUGCAGCGGUGAACCCAAGGACCCCCUGGACAUGAAGCGCACACCCAGAAUGCCCCACUGGAACCAGGUGGGAUGGAGUCUGCUUCCCUCAGCAGUGCCUCUGCCCUGCUCCUCACAAAGACUAACACAUCCAACACAUGUGUCCAGACAAGCCUCAGAGGUCUUGAAGUCUCAGGACUGGCUUUGAGUUUUCAUUGACUGAGUCAGGUGUCACAGUCUGCAUGAGUCUGUCUGACACAGAAGAAUCAAAUCAAGUUGUGCUAUCUUUACAGUACAUCCUCUGACAGUAUCCAAAAGGGACCCAGAUGCUGCUGAUGAAGCUCUUUCAUCACCCACAAAGAAAGUCACAAAUGACUGUGAAUACCAAGGCUCUAUCUGGAGCCCAAGCAUCCCUGUACCAAACUGCUGCUGCUGCUGCUGCUGCCAACAUUCCAGAUGUUUGUGGGGGACUGAGAAGCCAUGAAGCUCCACCAGCAGGGCUUAGAUACCAAGAAAACCUCUAGUCAAAGCCCUUUCAAAGAACUGCCAGUUGAAAUCCAGUACAGACGCCCAACUGAGGUCUCAUAUGAGCAUACAUCAUACAGUGUAUGCUCAUGUCCCCUUGACAUUCACUCACUAGACUCUGAGCCCCUGCUUUCUCUUCAUCACACCACCCAGGGGAUACACAGAAGCAGAUUCCCAUAUGGAGACCGCAACGUGAAUGUACAGCCAGCAGUGCGUGCAUGGGGACGCUCCUUACUGAGGACAUGCUGGCACUGUUCACGCAGGCCCACCUAGGGGCAGAGCCAGGCCAUGAGGGCCGCUCAUACGGAGCUCCAGGUUAACUGAAACCUUUAGGCAUUUUUUUGACAAGUGCUCUAGGCCUCUGCUGUGCUGUCUGUGUGUUGUUCAUGACUUCAAGGACAACACUGUAUUUCUAGCCUAAACUGUUUGCAGUCCAGUACGGCCCGACUCCAGUCUCUACUGAAGACCGCCUUUCCAGGGCUUUGUCAUCCAAGCUGACCUGCCCCCACUAAUUUAUAUUUCCUUUGGUCUGAUUUUGCACUUUGUAUUUAUAUUAUGCCCUUAAUGUACAUGUUUCCUUUAAGAUGUCUCAUAUCCUUCACGGUACGAGGCUGUUGCCUAAAUAAAGCAAUGGCUAUGUUGUUAUAUGA